UCUCCUUUUCUGUUUCACACUGAAAGAAAUUUGAUUAUGGGACGUAUAUAAAGGUGAGAGACUACAAUAUGAAUAAUCAAAUCCAACUCGUUGCUUGUGACUUGUUACUGAACGUUAAAUAAAACUCAUCCUCUCUUUCUCUCUCUCUCAGACACACGACUCCCACACACACACACACACAAAGAUUCACAAACAAAAUCAAGAACCUUUAUAACUAAAGAAGGUCCUGACAUAAUCACACGAUCACAGAUGGAGGGAGAAACCGCAGCGAAGGCAGCGGCGAGUUCCUCCUCAUCACCAAGCCGCUACGAGUCGCAGAAGAGACGAGACUGGAACACCUUCCUUCAUUAUCUAAAGAACCAAAAGCCACCUCUAUGCCUGUCUCGAUGCAGUGGCGCACACGUCAUCGAGUUCCUUAAGUACCUCGACCAGUUUGGUAAGACCAAAGUCCACGUCGCGGCUUGUCCCUUCUUCGGAGUACCGUACCCACCGGCUCAGUGCACUUGCCCACUCAGACAGGCUUGGGGAAGCCUCGACUCUCUGAUCGGCCGUCUAAGGGCUGCGUUCGAGGAAAUCGGCGGUGGUCUUCCAGAGUCAAACCCUUUGGCUGCCAAAGCGAUUAGGAUCUAUCUCAAGGAAGUACGUGAAGCUCAGGCUAAGGCUAGAGGGAUUCCCUACGACAAGAAGAAACGGAAACGACCUCGUACAGCUAAGGCAGCUCAAAAGACGGAGGAUGAAGAAGGUGCCGGUGGAAGUGGUGAUUCUGCUUUGGUUGUUUCUGCAACUAUGGUUUAGUCCAAAUAUAAGAUGCUAAAUAUAAAUAUUAGAAAACUUUGGUAAUAGUAAUUAUCUGGCGUUUCUUUACUUUAUAAAUUUUAUAUUUUUGUGUAGUCGUUUAUUUGAGUUAUGUAGAAUGCAAUUAUAAAUGAAAAAGACGAUCAUAGAUCAUUAUAACAUGGAUCUUGUUAUGUUUAGUUAUUUACAAUGAUCACUUACUUUUCACCGUGAUUCAUCAGAACGAAAGUGUAUAAUUGUGAUGUGUGUACGUUCCAAAUCUCGGGUCUCACGUGAGCUGUGAUUUCUCUUACAAGUCACGAAUC